AUGUCGCUCAGGAGAAGUUCAAGGCUCAGUAAGGCGAGAGAAGAUCAACAGGACAUGGUCGACCUCGUGCAACAGGCAGUCCCCCCGCAACCGAGAAAGAUUCAAAAGCGAAAAACAACAAUAUCCGACCCAAAUCCGAGAGCGAAAAGCGCUCAGAAAACAGCCAAGACGAAAUAUGCCGCAGGUAAGACGAAACAAAGACCCAAUAAAUCUUUGAGUGCAUCCAAGACCAACAUGUUAUCGAAUCUGCCGCCCGAGAUAUUUUCCACGGUGUUGAAUAAUAUAAAUGAAAAAUCGGCAUUGAGCAGAUUAAGCAGGACAUGCAAGGGUUUUUACUCACUCAUCACCCCGUGGCUUUACCGGCGCAUAUCCGUUGCUGCCAUGUUUCACGCACAUAUCGGAAGACUCAUUCGUACCAUUGAACCACACCUGAGCAUCCAACAGCGUAAGCAAUUGAAGAAGGAAGGUGCCUACAAGGGCCAGAAAGACGUUUACCCAACCGAUCUCAGGCCCCAGGAAAAGCCUGCGUGCGCAAGUUUUGUCCGUCAGCUCGUCGUUGGAUCCGUUCAGGCGGGCAGGAACCAUGAUUAUAUCGUCCAUCGAUAUGUUGAAGAAAUGUUGAAGAAUGCGGACAACAUCGAAAUCUUUGAGGCUUUGUUUCUUACGCAAUCGAUGGCACAGAGUAUCGCCGGGUUCAAAAACCUACAGGCCUUAUCUCUCGACCUUGGCUACUGCAGUUACCAACCGCUGUCUGAGAUCAGAAAUCUCAAACAUCUAGCGCUGCAGGCCUACGGCCAGACAGACAUUCUUCAUUCCCUUCUGUUGAAUUCAAGGUCCACACUUCGAAGUCUCGAUUUACGCACAAGCUCGCUUGAGUUCUUGAAUGAUUGGACUCGGAUUGUAAGCACAGAUAAAAAUGCAGACAACCAGCAUUACUUUACCUGUCUCAAAUCAUUCAGUAUGCAGGUCUCCGACCUUGAUCCGACUUCAGUUCAAUCCUUGAUAAGGGCAAUCGACUUUGUUGGACUACAAGAGCUCCUGGUUGAACACCUGCACAACAACUCUCCUCUCUUAUUUCAACAACUGCUCGAGUUGUUUUCAACAGCUAGAACGUCAGGCUUGGAUGUCCACUUGCGGAGCUUAAAAGUCAACAUGGCAGUCUCUGGCCACAACGUGACUGAAAGUCAGAUUCAGGGAGCUACAGAAGCCAGAAGCCGUUUUCUGAGUUCCUUCCAUACUCUCAAGGUUCUGGACCUUGCCGACUAUGGCCAGUACCCACUUGAGGUAUCCGAGAAUCCAGGCCUGCCAAACAACCUCAUCCAGGCUAUUCUCCAACACAAGGGUCUAGAGAAGCUCAGUAUAUCAUACAACGGUAUUAUUAGUGGUUGUAAAUUGCCAUACCUCACACCGGCUACGAUUGCGAGACUUAUUGACAAUUUGCCUCUUCUGAGACAAAUCGACAUUGCUCCAGAGGAAGAUGACCUAGAUGAACUAGGAAAAGUACUGUCCCGGGCCUCCAAUAUUGAAAUCAUCGAGUUUUCUUGCACAAGCAGUUGGGCGUCUCCUCGUGUUUCUGAUGAUCCGACAAAGCCUCUCUUACAUUCCGUUCUGAAAGGAUUUCUAUCUCGAGACCAGUCUUGCGAUGACAAUCACUUCAGAUGGGAGGAUAACUGUAAGCUGCGGCGCGUCAUUGUGAACUGCCAGAUCUAUGAGAUUGCGUCAAAGUUUGGAAAGGGUGGAAAAGGAAUAUCUAAACCCGAUAAGUUCACAUUACCAGGUAUUCCCAAGCGGGAGGUUAUGUUUCGUAAUAUCACAGGAACAUCACCUGUUACGUUACAUGUUGGGUUCGAUCCUACUUUCAGCUGGGUUGAAAAGGUGUCGAAGGACCUCGACUAA